CCGUCCACACCAGCCCUCGCCAACCGAGGGGAGAGGACGCCCCGCCGCCACCGCCGCCGCCGCCGACCGUGCUUUCCCCGAUGGCGGCGAGUGGAGGAGGUGGGAGGAGGGGAAGAGACCGGCGGCGUUGGGGUUGCCCUCCCGGUCGCCCGCGGGAGCGACGCGUAUCCACGUGAACAAGAUGUUCUCCGUGGCGUCAGUGGUAUCAAGCCUUGCAACCUCCGUUCUUGGAAAGGCUGCAUCCUUUGGUACUGACUGGGCGGUUAAUGAGAUCAAGUCAGCCUGGAACGCCCAGGAAGAGCUUCACAAGUUGGAAAACUCAUUGAAAUUUAUCUGUGGUGUUCUUCGAGAUGCUGAGGACAGGGAGUCAGCUUCUCAUGUCCUUCACGAGUGGCUGGACUGUUUGAAGGAUGCGGUCUAUGACAUAGAUGAUCUUUUGGACGAUGCGUCCACCGAAGCUCUCAUGUUACAUGUUCAUAAGGGUUUAUCUCGCAUUGAGUCUAUGAGCCUUCUCGUUACUGGUCCAUUCAAAUUGAGUCACAAAAUAGAACAAGUUCGUAAAAAGCUUGAUGAGAUAGCAAAGGACAGAGGGCAAUUUGGUUUAAAUGAGCAACCAAUUAUUGACAGACGGAUGUUCAGGAGUAGCAACAGGGAAACUCAUUCCUUCAUCACCGAAUCAGAUAUUAUUGGAAGAGCUGAAGCCAAAAAGAAGAUAAUUGAAAAGAUAUUGACAGCUAAAGACUCAAAACCCUUGUCUGUUCUUCCGAUUGUCGGUUUAGGAGGAAUUGGAAAAACUGCUUUAGCAAAAUGGAUUUACAAUGAUGUUCAGGUUACCCAGAAUUUUGAGUUGAAAUUAUGGGUUUGUGUAUCUGAUGUGUUUAAUUUAAAAAAGAUCUUGGAUGAUAUAAUACAGUCAGGUACAGGUGAAAGCAACAUGAAGCUAAAUCUAGAGAUGCUGCAAAGGAAGUUGUGUGCACUUUUGAAGGAAAGAAGAUAUUUUCUAGUGCUAGAUGACCUCUGGAAUGAUAAACUUGCAGACUGGGAAGAGCUGAGAAGGCUCUUAUCUAGUGGUGGAAGAGGAAGUGUCAUUAUAGUUACCACACGCAGUUCAAAUGUUGCAUCAAUGGUGAAGACCAUGGAGCCAUAUGACGUGGAAAAACUGCCAGAUGAUAAGUGCAUGCAAAUAUUUACCCAGUACGCAUUCAGAGGUGAGGAAGAGGACAGGAUGGACCAACAGUUAGUAAGUAUUGGGGAGUCCAUUGUGAAAAAGUGUUGUGGUGUUCCUUUGGCAGCCAGGACGCUGGGUUCCCUAUUGUCAAGAUGUCGAGAUGUUGAAGAAUGGCGACUCGUUCUGGAGGACAAUUUGUGGGAUAUGGAGCAGAACACCGAUGAUAUCUUGCCAGCAUUGAAAUUGAGUUAUGAUGCACUUCCACCUCAUCUACGACCAUGCUUUUCUUGCUUGUCAGUUUUUCCAAAAGGCCACACAAUUUACCAGGACAUUUUGAUUAUGUUUUGGAUGGCUCUGGGAUUGAUUCGCCCAUCUAAUAAACGCACUCAGCUACAAACUGGAGAGAAGUAUUUUAAAGAACUACUUGGGAGAUCUUUAUUCCAGGAUCAGUGCGUCCUUUCUGAUAACAGGGUUUUUUACUGUAAAAUGCAUGAUCUUAUUCAUGACCUUGCAACCUUGGUAUCCCAAAAGGAGCAUGCCAUUGUAAGUUCUGAAAAGUUAACAGUCUCUGAGAGUGUCAGGCACCUAGUUUGGGACCGCGAGAACUUCUCCGUAGCACUCAAUUUUCCUGAGGAGCUGAAGAAGGCAAGUAAGACAAGAACAUUUACAAUCAGAUCAAGCUUUGGUACCGUGAGCAAAUCCUUCAUUGAUGACCUUUUCUCAAGUUUUACACUCCUCCGUGCCGUGACAUUUUUUGGAGUUGACUUUGAAGAACUGCCGAGUUCCGUUGGAGAUUUGAAGCACCUGAGGUACCUGCUUAUACAGUUCAAUGGCAAGCUCAGAUUAUUGCCGGAGCCUUUAUGCAAGCUGGUGAAUUUAGAAAUGCUUCAUCUCUAUGGCUGCAGCCAGUUAGAGGAGCUCCCAAAUGAAGCUCGCAACCUUGUUAGCCUUGUAUACUUGAACCUCACAUCAAAGCAGAAGUAUCUAAGGCUGUGGGGUUGGCCCUCUCUCGCGAUUCUGAAAAUGAGCUAUUGUUAUGAACUGGUAUCAUUGGAGGAGGGUUUUGACAGCUUGAGAGCCCUCCGAGAGCUACUCAUCUUCGAUUGUCCGAAGCUGGCCGCUCUCCCCUCCAGCAUAUGGCAGCUCUCCACACUUGUUGCAUUGAGUAUUAGUGGCUGUGGAGAGCUAGAUUUGAUGGUGCCGGCUGGGGAAGCCUCGGGAGGACUACAUAGUCUUCAGAACCUGCAUCUUGGUCGUCUUCCAAAGUUGGCACACCUUCCAGAGAGCUUUAAGUCUGCUUCUUCCUCUCUUCAAUAUAUUCAGAUUGUCAGUUGCGAAAACCUGGAGAGGCUGCCAAGCUACAUCCAAGACUUCCGUUCUCUUAAGAGAGCCGUGAUUAACGGCUGCCCUGAGCUGAGCAUAAGAUGCGCGGUCGAAUCCGGAGAGGAUUACCCUUUUGUAAGCCAUAUUCCCGAGGUGUACAUCGAAGGGACUCUGCUAUCAAAAGCAGGCCCAUCUGCCGGAGAAUCUUCUUCACUCGAAUUAGAGCUAGCUUUUGGAGAAGCAAGGCCAUGGCCUGGGCUCCUAGCCCCCUUGGGUAGGGCCGGUAGGUGUGUGUCGGAGUUCAAUUAGAGUCUAAUAUAAGGUAGCAGGAUUUGGAAAUAAGAAGGUUUUAUCCCGUAGAAGGUUUUCCCUGUUAUUUCCAAAUCUGUACGAGUCGGUUUCUCUUUCUUUUUUAAGUUGGUUUAGUCUCCAAGUUGUAUGGAGAUACAAUUACUCCCUCCGUCCCGUGAUACUCCCUCUGUCCUAAAAUAAGCCACAUUCCCGAGGUGUACAUCGAUGGGACUCUACUGUCAAAAGCAAAGCUCACCUGGUGAAGAAUGUUCUUCGCUCGAUUGAGUUCCUCGGCUACCUAUUUAUUUUAUCCGUUAGACUUACACGUGGAUUCUUUGCUGCAUUUGUAUUGUACCAUCCAUAUUAUGAUUUUUCUUUGCGUGUGAUAUUGCCCUUUUCAGGCAAAAAACUGUAAUGUUUGUGAUGAAUAAUGCCGCUUUUGCUGCUGCUUGUAAUCUAUGUUAAUUCAGCGUCA